GAAAUUUUCCUUUCGGUAUGCGGGUUCAUGAAACUGUCAAUUCCAGAUCACUACAUGACGUUAUAUUGUACUCCAUCGCGAGUACUCCACAUAUGGGAGAUACCGAUUCGUAGUAAACCACUCCCGUACCCCUUGAUAGAUCUAGAACCGCUCGUUUUCGAAGAAGCAUCUUCGAGUGAUUACGAAACGUCAAAAAAAUCUCAUAUCCCAGUAUCGAGAACAAUUUCCGACGGUAACGAAUUACCUGUAACAAAUUUACAAGAAAUACCUGAUACCUGUAUACCCAGACCUAAUUAUGACGAUGAUGAUCCUUCUAUAGCUAGACCAAGACCUCUUAAUUGGAAACCGAGAAAAUGUUAUAUGAUUUCCGAUGAAGACGAAUUAUCUGAUGCUUAUAACGAAGAAGAUUUACCGGAAGAAAAACCUACUCAAGGUAAAACGAAUCCUCUUAAAGCCAAAUUUGAAAAAUUGAAAAAAUUCGGUAAAAGUAUAUUAAUAGCGGUUGCUACUAAAUUACGUAAACCUGAUAAUGAAGAUUCAAGCGAAUCUGAAGAUAUUUCGAUCGAAUAUUAUUUCACAGACGAAAUCGUACAAGCUAGUAACGAUCUAAUGGAAAUACGACCAAUUUCCCCUAGUACUUGUACUAGACCUUCUACUUUAACGGAAUGGUUACUUACUAGAAAAACUAUCAAGGAAAACAAACGAAAAGAAGCUUUAAAAAGGCAAUCGAUCGUUGAAUUUACCGUUGAACCAAUUCCUUCUACACCAGGACCUUCUAGUAUUCCAAUUGGUACACAAUCUAGUACUAAAUCUAAAUCUUCCACUAAAAUAACAGGUGCUAUUAAAAAAAUGAUUAUUAGUCCUUCUACAGCAACUACGUCCAGUAAAUCAACUCCUGGUUCAUCAACUGCGAGUAAAUCGACUGGUGCAAUUAGCAGGGUUACUAGAAGUAGUAAAUUAACCGGAGGAGAUACUUGUAAACUGAUAGGAACUAAACCGACGAUUUCUAAAUUAACUAUAAGCGCGAUUCCUAAAACUACCGGAAGUCCGAUUAGGAAACCGGCUAGAAAAUCCGUGGAACCGGGAAUUUGCGAAAUGCCCGAUUUACUUACAACGCGAAAUUACGACGACACGACUCAUAGGUUGAUAACUAGAAAGAAAACGCUCGAAAAAACUACUACAGUUGAUAAAAAAGGGGAAAAAGAUAAAAAGAAAAGCAAACGAAAAGAUAAAGAUCAAUAAGAAAUUGUGUUAUAUUCAAAUUCUUAUUAUUUCUUUAUAUUUAAUACCAAAUUUAUCAUUACGUAUCGAAAAUAAUGAUUUUCUAUAAAAAUUUCAUACUUCAUAUAUUAUACGUGUUUUCUGUCUUUAUACUUUUCUCAGUGUAAACAUAUAUUAUACUUUUUAUUCGUAAAACAAUAUAAAAAAUUCAAUUGUACUUAAUUUUAAUUAAUAAUAUAUUAUGUAAUUGUAAUACCUUUUAAGAAUUAAAAUCCAAUUAAUAAAA